GACCCCGCCCGGGGAGCGGAAGUCGCGUGACCCCGGAAGUGACCGUCCCGGCGGCGGGCGGCCGACGACGUUCGUCACUUGGUGCGGGAGGGAGCGCGAGCGCGGCGGUCGAGCCUCCGGCGUCCCAGGCUAGCAGUGAGCAUGGCUGAACAGGAGCCCACCGCGGAGCAGCUGGCCCAGAUCGCGGCCGAGAAUGAGGAGGACGAACACUCGGUCAAUUACAAGCCCCCGGCCCAGAAGAGCAUCCAGGAGAUUCAGGAGCUGGACAAGGACGAUGAGAGCCUGCGGAAGUACAAGGAGGCCCUGCUGGGCCGCGUGGCGGUCUCCGCGGACCCCAACGUCCCCAACGUCAUCGUGACUCGCCUGACCUUGGUGUGUGGCAGCUCCCCGGGCCCUCUGGAACUGGACCUGACAGGUGACCUGGAGAGCUUCAAGAAGCAGUCUUUCGUGCUGAAGGAGGGAGUGGAAUACCAGAUAAAGAUCUCCUUCCGGGUGAACAGAGAGAUUGUGUCAGGCAUGAAGUACAUCCAGCACACAUACAGGAAAGGCGUCAAGAUUGACAAGACUGACUACAUGGUGGGGAGCUAUGGGCCUCGGGCAGAAGAGUAUGAGUUCCUGACGCCCAUGGAGGAGGCCCCCAAGGGCAUGCUGGCCCGGGGCAGCUACAACAUCAAGUCCCGCUUCACAGACGACGACAAGACCGACCAUCUGUCCUGGGAGUGGAAUCUAACCAUCAAAAAGGAGUGGAAAGACUGAGCCCCAGCCAGGAGGCGGGCAGGGCGACGGACAGACAGAAGGACCGACAUGCCCCCCCCCCAUGCCCUUCCCCACCCCAAACCAAAGUGCUGACAGGGCCCUUCCCCAGCGGCACUCCUAACUGGUCCACCUCUGGGCGGCUCCUCUGCCCGCCGCUCCUCCACACAGUCCCCUUCAGGCCCCUGUGGUCUCUAACGUCACAUUGCUGCUUUUGCCUGUGCAGGAGGGUGGGAGUUUGGCCUAGGCUUCCUCUCCUCUCUGUGUCUCCCCGCCCCCUCCCCCCCCCCAGGUUCCCUCUGCCAUUUUCCUCCAGGCCCUGGCUGGGCCCUGGCUUCUAGAAGGGAGUAGAGCACUCUCUAGCGUGCCCAGCCCCUGUGGUCUCCUCCCUGGCUGAGCUAGGGUGUGCAGGGCCCAGUCCAGACUGUCCAGUCCCCCACUCCCUGGCCAUUUCAUCUGUCGCUGUCAGUCACUGUCUAACCAUGAUGCCUUAACAUGUGGAACCGUGUACUGGGGGCUGUCGCUAACUCUUAAACCCCCGUCUGCAUGAGCAUGUGGUCUCCCCUGUCCUUGCCCUGUCUGCCAUCCUGACCCAGUGACCCGGGGAGGCCUGGGGUAUGCUGCUGUUGCUCCCGGUAGGCCUGAACAGCCCCUGUCCUUCAGGCCAGGGCUGGGAGCUGCACUAGCAGCUAGGAGAAGGUCAGAUUGCCAAAACUCAUGCCUCCAGCCCCAUCCGGGAGGUGGGUGUCCUCACGCCUCUGCCUUCUUUGAACGGGCAGCACUCAGCCCCUUUUCUACAGAGAGCCCCAGAGGGACAAAGACAGUGGCCGAGCCUUAUUGUCUCACCUAGGCCUUGUGGCCUGGAACCUCGUGCCUGGCCUGUCAGUAUUUAUUGCCUCCAUUGUGCCGUCCUCUGGGCUGGCGGGCCUGCUGUCCCUGCCCUGGCUUGCAGUGCCACCAUCCAGGCAGGCCCCCUAGACCCAGCCAGGACAAAUGUGGGACCAAGUGCACACACAGUUGGGGCUGUCUCCUGUGCCUCCCCUCCCUGUCCCCAGUCCCCACGUGGUGUCUGCCAGGUCCGGGCCUUGACAGGCACACAGGCCUGUCCCUGCUUCUCUUCUGACUGGGAAAUAAACGCCCUGAAGGAG